AUGUACCCAGAUUUGUCCGCAUCUGUCGCCGAUUUGGUGCCACUGCCACAUUGCGACGGCCCAAAGUUGAAACCAUUCGAUUUCCAAGGCCCGCAGGAGAUCGAAUUUCUUGACUACAUCGAUGAAGGAAUGCAUGCACAUGUCUUCAAAAUCAGAAUCCUGGGGCAAAUCUACGCGUUGAAACUUUUCAGAUUCGUCUACGAAGGCGAUUGGCUGGGUCCUGAAGACGUCGACCCCGACGAUCUCGAGGCAAUGAGCCUUCUCUACAAUUACUCGGAGCCUUUUAGCUGCGAAUGCCGUGCCUUUGGGCGCAUUCAAGAGGCUGGUCAUGAUGAACUGGCAGUCCGAUGCUUCGGUUACGUGCUUCUAGAUGAGGAACACGAGCGGGCCAUGAUGAAUCAAUUCAGCCACCUUAACCUCAGGUUUGACGGGAAUAUCGAUUUCGCUGGAGGUGAGGAUCUACGCUCGCGCUUUGUGGUCAAAGACAGCAGGCCGCCGCCUAUCCGCGGUAUUGUUAAGGAAUUCGGUCAAGGUUACCAAGAUUUACGGACAAGGGAUGCACGCAGGGUACUCCCAGAUGUUAUUGGACUACACCAGCUCGGCAUAGUCCAAAUCGAUGUGGCACACCGACAACUUAUCAGCGGAAAACUCUGCGACUUUAGUACAGCUCUGACUAUCCUCCAUUUUGCUACAACCCCCGAAUUAAACCCGCGACUUACGCCUGAGUGGAUAUCUGCUAUAGAGUUUGAAACGUUCCAGUUUAGUAUUAACGACUAUUGGGAGUUUGACGAUAUGGUGCGAAUCUGGAACGCGGAGCACGAGAGCAAGAAGAAUAAAAUCUCAGUCUACGCAUUUCCCAACGGGAGUGGUUGUCAAAUCAAGUACAACCUGAGAAGUACGCCAUCUCGGGAGCGUGUCUAUUCGCUCGUUGACCCAAGGCUGUAUAACUGGAGGGCUUCCGACACCAGUCCCAGGAAAAGAGCGAAGCGAGUAUUGGACGGGAAAACAAAGCCAAGUCAAAAGACAAGGGGUACCAGAGGAGCCAGUUCGAUAGCCCGCCGCCUCCCGCUUAACACUAAGCCGCCAAGUUGGUACUUGAAUUGUAAUAACGAAGUGGCGGCGGAACUAAGACGUACAACAAGUUUUAGCAACUUGCUCAAGUGGGAGGUUAGAGAUGGUUUAAUAUUCCCGCUGAAGGCAAGAUAA